ACAAAAAAAAGGUUCAAUACCGAGAACAUUAUACCGACAACAUGUCCUCGGUAUAGACAUUUCAUAUGCGCGGGACAUUUUCGCGGUUCUGAAUAGGUUUAGUUGCUAUACCGAGGACCUAUACCGAGAACAUGUUCUCGGUAUAGGGUUUAUAAAUAUCACACUCAGCCGCGAAGCCCCUUCUCCUUCCUCUCUGGUUUCUCUGGGUUUUCUCCGAAACCUCCGCCUCCCUCCGCCGAUUAUAGUCGUUUUCCUCCAUAAAAGCUCGGUUUUAAGCCCCAAAAUUGCCAAGGGUGAAGGAAUUUCUGUGUAUUUGUUGAAGGUUGGGUAUUCGGUUUUUGUUGGAUUAUAGGGAUUGCUAGCAAGAUAUUGAAGGCAUUGUGCUACAUUCAUACAAUGUCGAUCGACAAGAGUUGGAUUAAUUUGACAGAUCGAUUAUCCGAUGAGUAUGAGGCUGGUGUGAUGGAUUUUCUCCAGAGAGCCCGGCAGUGCGUUGACUCAAGGGGAUUGGUGAAAUGUCCGUGUAGGAGGUGUGUCAACGUUGAAUUUCAGACAAUUGAUGUAUUAGAAAAUCAUCUUUUUGUAAAUGGUUUUCUACGGAAAUAUACCAAUUGGCAUUGGCAUGGAGAGGAUGAAAUAAUACCAAUGAGAGCUCGGAUAGAUCAAAAUGAUGAAGAUGAGAUGAUGGAUGUUCUCACUGAUCUUAUGCAAAAUGACAAUGACGAACAAGCGGAGAAUGAGCGCGGUCAAGAGAUACCUACAACUGACUACAGGAGUGGGCAACAUUAUAACGAUUUGUUUGCUGAGAUCGAGGCUCCAUUAUUCCCCGGGUGUCAAAAUUACACUUCAUUGAAUUUCCUAGUGAAGUUAAUGCAUUUCAAAGUGUUGGGAAAAAUUCCCAACAAAAUAUUUGAUGGAAUGCUGGAGUUGUUACAUGAUGCAUUUCCAGCCCCAAAUAAGCUUCCAAAAUCGCACUAUGCAGCGAAAAGGUUGUUGCGGAAACUUGGAUUGGGCUACGAGUCAAUCCAUGUCUGCAAGCAUGAUUGCGCACUGUUUUGGAAAGAACAUGCUGGAAAAAGCAAAUGUCCUGUUUGUGGAGAGGAUCGAUGGGUGGACAAGAACACCAAGGGAAAGAAAGUGCCUCAUAAAGUGAUGCGUUAUUUUCCUUUAACCCCUAGGUUAAUGCGAAAAUAUGCAUCGAGGCACAUUGCUCAACAUAUGAGAUGGCAUCACGAGCAACGUAUAAAAGAAGAUGGUGUAUUGCGUCAUCCUGCUGAUGGGAAAGCUUGGAAGGACUUUGACCGAAAUAAUCCAACAUUUGCAAUGGAACCCAGGAAUGUGCGGCUUGGAUUGGCUGCAGAUGGAUUCAAUCCCUUUGGUAAUAUGAGUCUGUCUUAUAGUAUGUGGCCAGUAGUGUUGACGACAUAUAACUUGCCACCAUGGUUGUGCAUGAGAGAAACUAAUUUCAUGUUGAGUUUAUUAAUUCCGGGACCUCAUUCGCCAGGAAAAGAUUUUGAUGUUUUCUUAAGACCAUUGAUUGAUGAGUUAAAAGAAUUAUGGGUGACUGGUGUACAGACUCGAGAUGCAGUCGAUGGCAGUUUCUUCACUCUUCGGGCAGCUUUGAUGUGGACUAUAAACGAUUACCCAGCAAGGAGUAGCCUUUCUGGAUGGACUGCUCAAGCGCCUCCAAGUAAACGUGGACGCCAUAAGGGAUUGAACACGCGGGAAAAGAGGGAACAGUUGGGGCGUCCUCUCCCUCUCGAGUGGGAUGUGCGGGGGAGAACAUAUAAAGAGAUCGGAGAGUACAGCUCAAAUUUCUCAAGAGAGCUCGGAUUACUUGUUCGACAGUACACAGAUCCGGACUGUCCUCAAUGGUCAAAAGUACCAAAUGCCUCGAAAGAAAGAAUACUUGCACAUUUGGAAGAUGAUUUGUUUGAUAUUGGGCGUACUAGAUAUGGAGAAGGGCAUAUGCCUGGGAUCUUGAGAGGCAUUGAUACUUCGUGUGCUAAAAAGUAUUCUGACUGGAAGUACGAUAUUAAAGAGCACUUAACGAUUAAUGGGCCACAAAAUCGUUAUGGUGGUUGCACGGAUACGCAGUGGCAAAAAGCAAUUGAUUUUUUCCGUCGCCCAGAAAUUACGAAACGUUCUGUGGUCAACAAGGAAAAUAGAAAGAAAUUGAAAGAGCUUAGCUAUGGAGGUUCUCAGUCAAUCCCAGCCUUACGCUAUAAAAAGCGCAAUUUAGAGACUGGGCAACUUGAGUCCAUCCCGGAUAGCUGGAUGGAUACUCACCAUAAAUCAGGCACAGGGUGGGUGACAGAGACAGCAAAAAAUACUUGGGAGGAAUUGCGUGCAUACCGCGACACACAGCAGACACAGGCAACUGAUACUGAGAGUUCCACACCAGUUUCGAGUGCGCCUGAAGAUGAAGACAUAUCUUUGGUACAAAAUGUCUUCGGAAAACGACGGGGCCACCAGAAAGGAUAUGGACGUAUCCUUAACAUAAGGGACCGAACUCCAUUUGAUUUUCGUCCUUCACAAACUAGAGAUGAAGAGUUGUCUGAGAUGAGAGAGCGUCUUCGACAGUUAGAGGAGCAUGUCCGGACUCAUUGUAUCACCCCGGGAUCUCAAUCUGCCCCACCACCACCACCCGAUGAUCCUGAUGUUGGAGCACCGACUCAGUAGGACUUAUGUAUGAAUUUUAUUACAAUUGACUAUUACAUUAUCAUGUUUAAGACAAGUCUUUAUUUUAAUUCAACGAAUACACUCUUAUGUUUUUUUUUAUAUCUUUAAUAUAAGUGUUUUAAUUUUA